AUGUGCACUGCAGCCAAAGAAGUCACGGUGACCUACCAAGGCCGUAUAGCCAUCAUCACCCUCGAUAGACCCAAAAAGCUCAAUGCCCUCGGCGUUGACCACUACUGGGAACUGGGCCAGAAGAUGCGCGAAGUUGCUCAGCGGGAUGACAUCUUCAUCACUGUCCUAACAGGAACAGGCCGCUUCUUCUCCGCCGGCGCCGAUGUCCAGACCGUCCGCCCCUCCGGCGACAGCAACGAUGCCCGCCGCCAAUUCCUCCGCAACUUCGUCGCAAACAACCUAGACAUCACAUUCACCUUCGCCAACCACCCCAAAAUCCUCGUCGUAGCCCUCAACGGCCCCGCCGUCGGCCUCUCCGCAGCCCUAACCGCCUUUGGAGACUUCAUCUACGCCGCUCCGCACACCUUCCUGCUGACCCCGUUUUCCUCCCUUGGCCUCGUGGCGGAAGGUGGAGCCAGCCGUGCCUUUGUCGAGCGCUUGGGAAUCUCCAAGGCCAACGAGGCGCUGAUUAUGAGCAAGCGGAUUCCCAUUGAGGAUCUGGUUUCGACGGGGUAUGUUAAUAAGGUUUUCACGGCGCCGGGGGGCAAGGAGGAUGCGGCUGGGUUUUUGAAGUUGGUGUUGGAGGAGGUUGAGGAGAGGAUGGGGACGCAUUUGAAUCAAGAUAGUAUGAUUAAGAUUAAGGAGUUGAUUAGGCGGCCUGAGAGGGAGCUUUUGCAACGUCAGAAUGUGGCGGAGGUGUUUACGGGGAUAGAUCGGUUUUUGAGCGGGAUUCCACAGCAGGAGUUUAUGAAGAUUGCGAGCGGGCAGAAGAAGCAUAAGCUGUGA